UGCCAGCCCGAGGAAACACCAUGACGGCUCGCGCCUAGGAGCAGUGAGAGGCGCGGAGGACGACCAGGACGAGGUUGCGUCUCUCGGGAACGAGGAGCGAGCGCGCACCCCGGGCAUCGUACACUCUCCACUGGUGGACACGGAGACCGCCGUCGAGUCCGUGCCUCCCCGACCCGCUGCCUCCGCUAGACGGCUCGAGAGGGACCGAUGGAGCGCGCCCGAGCGUGACACGAGCCCCGGGACACCGGGCUCGAGUCUUGCCAGGUAGCCCCGAAGACGUGCCAGGCCCACCUCCGUUCUUGGCCCGGUGACACCUACCCACUCGGUCCCCGACGUCCCUGCCUUCCGGGAGGAACCAUCAAGAUAUCCCCAGCAGCUUAUGUACAUUACUUAGAAGCAGUUGGAAUCCUCUCGCUCGUCAUCAGAGUGCUAGCCAAAUGGUACAUCACAUAAUGAAUGCAAGAUCGAAGGUGACUGAUAAGAAGGAACACUUGAAAUUGUGAGAAAAGUCGGAAAGACGAGGUCGCAUCCAGAUAAGCUGCCGAGUCGAUCGACUCGACUCCGUUUAGUUCGUACCCUCGCCGCACUCCAGUUGGGAGUCGAGAAAGAUACCAUCUUUUGGUGGUAAACCAGUUCGCGAAAAUGAGCGGACAAAGGGAAGAAUCCGAGGGGAAGUGGAUCUGCGAGUACUGCACCUACGAGAACUGGCCCUCGUCCCUUAAGUGCACCAUGUGCCGGGGUGCGAAACCCCUUCUCGGAGAGGAUAUAUAUCGUCUGCGAGAUCCGAGUCCUCAGAGGUCAGGAUCCAACUCUGCGUCAGGUCCGGUGCCUCAUAUUAGUAGGUCCACGGACUCCUGCAACUCGAGCCCGCAGAACUAUAGUCAGAAUGUACCUUCUGGGGGCAAGUGGUCCUGCGAGAUGUGCACCUAUCUGAAUUACCCCAACACCACGCGGUGUGUCCAGUGCGGCAACAGAAGGGCCAACCAUCCCGUGUCGAUACGCUCUUUGGCCUCCAAUCUCCACGAACAGCUGGCGCCUCUUCGACUGGGCGACCCACCGCCCAACCUGGGGUCCAACUCUCAGCUUAACCCUCCGGCUAUUAAUCUACACCCGGAGAGGUACUUCAAUGCCCAGCCCAACGCACAAACUGAGAAGUGGUCCUGUGCUACCUGUACUUACGAGAACUGGCCGAAAGCUACCAAGUGUGUCAUGUGUGGCCAUCAGAAGGAGAGAGACAGGAGGGAUAAGUCUACGACUAACCUGAGCCUCAUUUUACCCAGCCCGGAGAGGGAUCACUGUCAACGGGGGUUGCCGUCUCCGCCACACACCCCCUAUAUUCAUCAACCACAACGAGACGAAAAUCUGGCCAUUGCGAGAAGGAGCUCCCACAGAUUUGACAGCAGAAAUGACAGCCUCUCUGCCCCGCAGUCCCCCAACAAUUGCGACUACGAGCGCAGAUUAAAGCAGCUACGACGUCACACGGAUUGGUGCUGGUUGAAUGCUUGCCUAGGUAUCGUUGAAGGUGACAAUGCACCAGUCGAAGCUUAUCUAGCGAGUGGCGGUGAUCCAGCUCGUCAGCUGACGCAUUCCGAAGUUUUGCUCCUAAGCCGGAGCAGUGCUUUCGAUGUAGGACACACUCUAGUUCAUUUGGCUAUAAGAUUUCAACGUGAAGACAUUUUAGCUACAUUAUUAUCACAAAUUGAAGGUUCUGGAUCUGGGGUGAAACGAGUACCUAGCUACGUAGCUCCUGAUUUAGCUGCACAGAUACGCCGACAUGUCACCAAUAGUAUUCGCUUACGCAAGGGUUCCUUCCCUUGUUACUUCGUCACAGAUAUGGCUACGUUUGCACUGCCUGCUGAGGUCGAAGACUUGCCAAGCAUCGUACAGGAACAGAUGUUGGAGGAACUUCUUGAUAGAGAGGCACAACAGCAGCUUGAAGGAGGUGGCGGAGAACCACCAGCACUUAAUUGGUCCUUGGAGAUAACCGAACGGUUAGGCAGCCGAUUGCAUGCACUCUGGAACAGAUCAGCUGGCGAUUGCCUGCUGGACUCUGCGAUGCAAGCCACCUGGGGAGUCUUCGACAGGGAUAAUGCCUUAAGGCGAGCCCUCGCGGAUUCCUUGCAACAAGCCGGCCAAUUUUUUUAUCCCCGUUGGCGGGAGUACGAGACCUCUCAGGCAUCGAGAAUGCUUGACUUUACCCUCGAAGAGACUCAAUGGCAAGAUGACUGGGAAAGUUUACUUGCUACCGCUGCUCAACCGGGCAGUGCUUUGGAGCAGCUUCAUGUCUUUGCCCUCGCCCACAUCCUGAGGAGGCCGAUAAUCGUAUACGGGGUUAAAUACGUGAAAAGCUUCCGGGGAGAGGAUAUAGGGUAUGCCAGGUUCGAGGGAGUAUAUCUGCCAUUAUUGUGGGAGCCUUCUUUUUGUAUUCGCUCGCCAAUCGCCCUCGGGUACACCAGGGGUCAUUUCACCGCCCUGGUGCCGAUCGAGCCCUAUGCGUCCUCGAGGAUACCACCAUUGUCGUCCCAUGGCGGGGUCGGAGUCGGUGGUGGCAACAGUCCGAUGCAGCAGAUGCAGAUGCAGAUGCAAACCACCUUUAUGCCGCUGAUGGAUCGCGAGUGCAAGUUGCUGCCGAUUCAUUUCCUAAGCUCCGACGAGAUCGGCCGCGAGGAGGCCAUCUUGAAGCAGUGGCUCGACGUUUGCACGACCGAAGGUGGAAUUCUCGUGGCGCAACAGAAACUCCUCAAGAGGCCCCUUCUCGUCGCUCAGAUGCUCGAGGAAUGGCUUAACCAUUAUCGAAGACUUGCUCAGACAAACAAUGCACCAUUUCCGAGGGCUGCUGCCCUGCAAGACUACAGCAGCGACGGUGAUACCGAGGACGAGUAAAGGAAGAACUAACUCGGUGAAAAAUGUCAAAACGGGACCUGCGAGAGUUGCUGAUGAAUCUUCAAUGUCGGCGGGUUUAGAAAUACGGCUUACAAUAACGCAAGAUCUUUGCGAGAUCUACAGCUAGCGCAAGAAAAAAAAUUAUAUGAAAGGAAACUAAUGCGAAUUUAGUGUAACGAUCGAGUUAUCGUGGCCCACAGCCAACAACGAUGUACCGUGCAAAUGCGGAGUUUCGGGCUUGGACAUUAAUACCCACUAUUGCCGUACCGAACACCUGAAUCCCUAUUGAUUCGCGUUAUCUCGGCUACAUCACGAUAUCACGGCUUAGCGUUUUAACUUAAUUUUAACGUGACCUCGAUGAUACAUAUUCGCUAAGGAAUUCGUAGUCUCGUUCGAUUUAGAUGGAUUUAACGUAACGAACGGAACUUAAAGUUGCGAAGGCGGGGCAUAUUUUCUAUGCCGAAGGAGUUAGCGAAAUUUUCCUUAUGCGAUUUGUCUUUUUUUUUCUCCCUUUAUCGACAUAGAAACGAGAGCGUACUACCUAUGGUUCUAGUCUGGUGGCGAAAAGAAUCUACUUCCUUUUUUGAUCACCUAGAAUGGCGGCUUUCCUUUUUCUUUCCCCUUCUAUUGCGAGUGAGGCGCCCUCUUACUUUUCUCAAGCGAAUUAACGGGAGGUCACGAUAUUGCGACUCGUGGAAAGACCACGUUAAAAAUGUUAGAUCCGCUUUUUCUAACUAAGAACGAUUCGUUGCCCCGGCAUCAUUGGAAGGGAAUACGUAGUAUUAUUAAUCUGGAAAAAAGAAGAGUUUAUUUUUACUACGGGGUACCGACUAGUCGAGCUCAAAGUAUACUUGGCGGGGAACUUUAUCUAGGGUCCCGUAUUCUUAUCAAUAUCUGCAUUGGAGAGGUCCCAUGAAAAACUGUUUAAUUUAAUUCUUACAUUAAUUCAGUUCACUGGACUAACUUUUAUCGGGACAGAGUAGCACUAACAAUUCCAGCAGACGUUUUUUUCUUUCGCGUUCGAUUUAUCCUGCCAAAUGUGACACUCGUGAACGUUCAAAUAUACGAGCAAUUCCUUCAUUUAUUGUAUUCAUAAUCUUCACGUGAUCGGAUAUGAAAGGUGUAUAUAAUAUAUAGAGGUUUACCAUGAAUUAUAUUUGUGAGGUUUAUGAACACAUGCAAGUCGCUGAAAUAAAGCUCUUUAUUUUAAUUUAAUUUGCCAAACGAA